AUGAAAUUCAUUGUUUACAUUUAUUUAAUUUUAUCAAUUCUCCUAAUUGUUUAUUGUACAGCUCAAGAUUAUUAUCCUGUUGAUCCAACUGGUCGUUGUGAACCUUAUAUAGGUGAUCCCAUAGGUACCCCCAUUUGUGACGGACUUUUGGCCAAUGCUAAUUCUGUUUAUGUCAAUUCAACAACAACUCAGACCGAUCUGAGAGAUCAAGCAUUACAAUUAAAGUUAAUUCUGGAUUUUAGUGGUUCAGAUGCUUGUAAGAUCCAAGAUACCUAUAAAACUCUAUGUGCAUUUUUUUUUAUGGAAUGUGUAGAAUUUAAAGAAACAAAUUCAUCGGUUGUAUUGGCAUUCCCAAAAUACCCAUGUUCAAAGAAUUGUGUCAAUACAACUAAUUUGUGUAGUAUCCCAAAGUCAUUUGUAAACUGUGAUGCAACCAUUGUCAAUGGAGUAUACAAUUAUUCAACCUUUCCACUAGAGACAUCCUAUUAUAAUCUAACGUCGUAUAAUGGGGGAUCGGCCAAUUACUCGGUUACCUGUCAAGACCCAUAUUUAAUAGAUUCCAAUGUCACCUAUUCACUUUGUCCAAGUCCACUCCUUUUACAUCCAACCGAUGACCAUGCUGCUUCAAAAUACCAAGGUUACACGUAUGUCUCCAACACUAGUUCAUGUGUAUCGCCUUGUCCAUCGCCCAUCUUUACACCCAAGACUUGGAAACAAAUCUAUACAAUGGGUGAUAUUUUAUCGUUCCUUUCACUCUUUUGUACGUCCUUUUUAAUCAUCACCUACGGUCCACUGAAUCCAAAGAUGACAAGGUUUGACAAGAUUAAUAUUUGUGUCAUGUCUGGUGCCUUUGGUAUUGCUUUGGCAGGUGUUAUCCAGGCAUUCAAAGGUGACCAGUAUCUCUGUCCAGAACCAGGUCGUUCUGCUUCCCCCAUCGACGACUAUUGUAUUGCAACAGGGUUUAUCCUCCAUCUGUCCGCACUCUACGUUGUGACAUGGUGGUCUAUCAUGACCUUUGAAAUUUGGUAUGCCAUCAAGACAGUCGGAUCUAAGAAAAAUGAAUAUUUCUUCAAAUACUAUUGUAUCGGUACUAGUAUAGUUUCAUUGGUUUGUCCAAUUGUUACUAUAUCUGCUAGAGAUUAUCAUGCUGGUCCUGGAAAUGUUUUUUGUUGGAUAGCAACACCAAAAUAUAGAAAUGCAUUCUUUUGGGGACCAUUGGCUGUAUUCUUAUUUGCUGGUACUAUUUUCUUAUUAUUAUUAAUGAGAGAAAUCUAUCUUAUUGUAUCAGUAAAAAUAUCAAAAACCGAUCAAUCAAGGUGGAAUAUUUUAAAAAUGGAAAUCAAACCAAUUUGUAGUUUGUUGGCAUACUAUACAAUUCUUUUGUAUUUGUUUUCUUUUGAUCAAUAUGUAGUAUCAUCACUUGAUCGAUUUUAUGAUUCCAUUCCAACCUACUUUGCAUGUUUGACAAAUCCAAAGACUGUUGAUCCUAUUGCAGAAUGUAUUGUCCAAGGUCCCAAUGCAGUUGGCAUAGGCUUUUUUGUUUUCUGUAUCCGUAUCUUUGGUGUUUUCAGCUUCCUCCUCUAUGGAUUGACGAGUCGUACCAGGAGUAUUUGGAGAGGAUCCAUUGUGUGCAACAAUAGAUUUGCCAAGAUUAUUAGUGCCAAACUCGACCACUUCACAUCAUCUACCGGUUUUGGUUCAUCUACCAACAACCACUCUGGGUCGACCAUUACACCUGGUGGUCCAAAUAAUAUCAACUCUGAAUCUGAAUCUGGGUAUUCUUCAGGUGCUACAUUUGGUAUGAGUGCCAUAUCAGUUGCACAUGAAAUGGAUGAAUUGUAA